CCAUCAGCUGAUUUUGACAGUUCGACUUGUUUUCGUUUCUCUUGCGGCACAUAACACCGGUUUUGCAAUAAAUUCAAAAUCCGCGUUGAUUUAGAUCAAAUACUGAGGUUGAUUCUAUUUAAAAUAUGAAAAAAAAGUGAGCCGGUGUUUAGUAAAAAAUGUUGUUCAAAUUAGUUACGUUCUCACGGCCAAUACAAAUCACGCAAACGAUUCCGCUUCUCAUCAGCCAAUCUCGUCGGACGAUUGCGCGCAGCUUGAGCACCACCUCCAGGUGGCUCGCUUCGGAUGACGACGAUACCCGAUUUGACCAGAUCCCGGUCCAGCGGAUCCGGAACUUCAGUAUCAUUGCCCAUGUGGACCAUGGCAAAAGCACCCUGGCGGAUCGUUUGCUGGAACUGACGGGAACAAUUGCAAAAAAGGCCGGCAACAAACAGGUGCUGGACAGUCUGCAGGUGGAGAAGGAGCGGGGCAUCACGGUGAAGGCUCAAACGGCAUCGCUGGUGUAUCCUUACGAGGGAGAAACCUAUCUGCUGAAUCUGAUCGAUACUCCGGGGCAUGUGGACUUCUCGAAUGAGGUGUCCCGAUCGCUGGCCGCUUGCGACGGGGUGAUUCUGCUGGUGGAUGCUAAUGAAGGAGUGCAGGCCCAAACGGUGGCCAAUUUUCAUCUGGCUAGAGCGAAGCAGCUGGUCAUUGUUCCGGUGUUGAAUAAGAUCGAUUUGAAAAACGCAAGGCCGGAUGCCGUGGCCCAGGAACUGUUCACACUGUUCGAAAUCGACCCGGAUGAAGUGCUCCGGAUAUCGGCCAAGAUUGGAACAGGAUGUGACGCGGUUCUGAAGGAGAUUGUCCGGAGGUUACCUCCGCCGGAUGCUCGAAGGGAACAGAAUUUUCGGGCAUUGAUUUUCGACAGUUGGUUCGAUCGGUAUCGCGGGGCGUUGAAUUUGGUCUUCGUGAAAGACGGCGAGAUCCGUACCGGGCAGGAAAUAGUCUCGUGCCACACGGGGAAGGCCUAUGAGGUGAAAAGCUUGGCCAUGUUACGACCGGACGAGAGAAAAGUGGACCGGUUGGUUGCAGGGCAGGUGGGUUUGCUCGGAUGCAACAUGAGGACCAGUAAAGAGUCGAACAUUGGGGACACGCUGUAUGCCAAGAAAGACAAAACGUGUGUUCCGCUGCCGGGUUUUAAACCACAGCAGCCGAUGGUGUUUGCAGGUGUUUAUCCUGCGGAUCAGUCCCAGCAUCCAUACCUGAAGAGUGCGAUUGAGAAGUUGGUGCUGAAUGAUUCUGCCGUUACCGUAAGUCCGGAUUCGAGUCCUGCCCUUGGACAAGGAUGGCGAUUAGGAUUCCUGGGAUUGCUGCAUUUGGACGUUUUCAGUCAAAGACUUCAGCAGGAAUAUGACGCAGAUCCAAUCCUUACUGCCCCAUCUGUGACCUACAGAAUCAAGCUAAAAGGAGCGAAAAUUAUCGCAGCGCAUGGCGGAAACGAAGAGAUCUACGUUAGCAAUCCCGCUCUGUUCCCUGACAAGACCAUGGUCGAAGAAUACUACGAACCGUACGUCUUGGGUACGAUUAUUGCGCCAACAGAGUGCACCGGACCCAUUAUUGGACUAUGCGUCGAACGGAGAGCCAUCCAAAAGACGUCGAUCAACAUCGACAACGACCGGAUAAUGACCACCUAUCUGAUGCCGUUGAAUGAGAUCGUGCUGGACUUCCACGAUCAGCUAAAGUCCAUCAGCUCGGGGUAUGCCAGUUUCGAUUACGAAGACCAUGGAUACGUGCCGAGUGCGCUGGUUAGGAUGGAUAUUCUGCUGAACGGGCAACUGGUGGAUGAACUUUGUACGGUAGUGCAUAUCAGCAAGGCCCAGAGCCACGCCAAGGAGCUGGUGCUGAAGCUGAAAGAGCUGAUCCCCAGGCAGAUGGUUCAGAUUGCCAUCCAGGCGGUGGUCGGUGGUAAAGUUGUGGCGCGGGAAACACUGAAGGCGUAUCGGAAGGAUGUCACUUCCAAGUUGUACGGUGGUGACGUAACCCGGCGGAUGAAACUGCUCAAACAGCAAUCCGAGGGCAAGAAGAAGAUGCGUGCAAUCGCUAACAUCAAUGUGCCUAAGGAUACGUUCAUCAAUGUUCUGAAGCGAUGACGAGAGGACGGCAACUACUAAAGGACGACAGGUAAGAACCUACCUACGUUGGCAAUUCUGUUGUAAAUAUAGGAAAAAGUUAGCUUAUGACAAA